AUGAAAGCGAGUUACCGGGCGUUGUUACGCCGGGUGCGGCACGCCUCCACCACCGCCUCCAAGGGAGCCAACUCCGCUCCUUCAGCAGGUGGAGUAAAACCGGAGCCGGCUGCACGUGCCACAUUUCUGGAGAGGAUUCAGCGCGGGCCGGGCUUCCAGGACUUCUUUGCCGUCAAACCGGCUUCCAAUCUAAAACUCAACGAGGAGGAGCCGGUGGACACCAGUGUGCCGUACCUGAACUCCAUCGAUUUCAAUGGCAACGGACGAAAGGUGCACUUUGAGGUCUACGGCUGCCAGAUGAACACCAACGACACAGAGGUGGUGUUCAGCAUCCUGCAGGAGAACGGCUACCAGCGCUGCCAGGAGCCCGAGGAGGCGGAUGUCAUCAUGCUGGUCACGUGCGCGGUGCGCGACGGAGCGGAGCAGAGGAUCUGGAACCGAUUGAAGCACCUGCGGGCGCUGAAGAGCAAGCGCAGCUCGCGGCGACCUCCGCUGCAGCUGACCCUCCUCGGCUGCAUGGCCGAGCGGCUGAAGGAGAAGCUGCUGGAGCAGGAACAGUGCGUGGAUGUGAUCGCCGGGCCGGAUAGCUACAAGGAUCUGCCGCGACUGCUGGCCAUCUCGCGGCACUACGGCAACUCGGCCAUCAAUGUGCUCCUCUCGCUGGACGAGACCUAUGCGGAUGUGAUGCCCGUGCGCCUGAACUCGGAUUCGCCCACCGCUUUUGUGUCCAUUAUGCGGGGCUGCGACAAUAUGUGCACCUAUUGCAUAGUGCCCUUCACCCGCGGACGCGAGCGCUCCCGGCCACUGGAGUCGAUUGUGGCGGAGGUGAGGGCUCUGGAGGAGCAGGGCGUCAGGGAGGUGACUCUGCUGGGCCAGAAUGUCAACUCGUACAGGGGGAGAAGUGCUGAAAAGGCGGAGGAUUCCCUGAAAGCCACCCCAGUGCCCGGAUUCCGUACUGUUUACAAGCCCAAAACUGGAGGCACUCCCUUCGCCGAGUUGCUGCGAGCGGUGGCUCAAUCCGUGCCCUCGAUGCGCAUCCGUUUCACCUCCCCGCAUCCCAAGGACUUCUCCGACGAAGUGCUGCGGGUCAUCCGCGAUCAUCCGAAUGUUUGCAAGCAACUGCAUUUGCCGGCGCAGUCGGGCAACACGCAAGUUCUGGAGAGGAUGCGGCGUGGCUAUAGCAGAGAAGCCUAUCUGGAACUUGUCCAGCACAUCAGGCAAUUCUUGCCCAACGUCGGUCUGUCCAGCGACUUUAUCUGCGGAUUUUGCGGCGAAACGGAGGAGGAGUUCCGCGACACAGUGUCGCUCAUCCGGGAAGUCCAGUACAAUGUGGCCUACUUGUUUGCCUACAGCAUGCGGGAAAAGACGGCAGCCCAUCGACGCUACAAGGAUGAUGUGCCUUUAAACGUGAAGAAUGAUCGACUAAAACGCAUGGUGGAGGUUUUUAGAGAGGGCGCUACGCAGCUUCACCGAAAAAUGGUUGGCCAGGAGCAGCUCAUCCUCAUAGAGGGCAAAAGCAAGCGCUCGGAUGACCACUUUUUCGGUCGCAAUGAUGCCAAUAUCAAGGUGAUUGUUCCUGCUGUAAAUCUGCCUGUUGCAGGAGAACUUAAAGUUGGUGACUUUGUGUCCGUACGCAUUGAGGAAUCCAAUUCCCAGGUUCUAAAGGGCACACCCCUCGAAUUGAGCAGCAUAAGCGACUUUCACAACAGACAGUUUAUACAAUAAAACGAACUUUAAUCGUA